AUGGUGUUGGCGACGGAUUCGUCGGGGGUCUUGGUUGACAAUGCAGGAGAAGACGCAGCGGUCACUGUGGAUGACACGCACAACACGACGGUGGUGCAGCCCGCAGCCGACUUCAUCCCAAGGCCAAACGACAACGACGACGCAGCGGAGAAGAGUCCGAGUGACGGCAACGGUGGCGGGUUGUCCAGGCUGGUAGUGGCGGUGAUCGUCAGUGUCAGUGUUGCCGGGCUCUUGUUGGGUCUCACGCUCGUCGGGUUCGCGUGGAGAGCGUUGAGGCGCGAAGAGGAAUCCAUGUUAAUGGACCUAGGGGACGAUCGCAACUACGUGUACGGGCAGUUCGGCGACUAUGCUGCGAUGUAG